AGUAAACUAAAAGACAUAGGAGGUUUGUGAGGCCAUUCACAAGUUUGUAGGCAGACAGCUUUUGAUGGUGACAGAGGUCCAGGGUGUGACCAUGAGGUGGUUGGAUAGGGUGGAGUUUCCUGGAGAGGUCAGGAAACCAAGAGGCUAGGAAAUUGGAUGUGCCCUCCACCUGGAUGCUAAAGUUGCCAAGAAUGAUGGCCGAGUUGGAAGGGGAAAGAGACUUUAAGAUAGGAACUAACUUUUCGUGCUGCUUUUGACACAAAAACUGGGUUACGUGUUGCAGUGAAGAAGCUAUCCAGACCAUUUCAGUCCAUUAUUCAUGCCAAAAGGACCUACAGAGAACUGCGGUUACUUAAACAUAUGAAACAUGAAAAUGUGAUUGGUCUGUUGGAUGUUUUCACACCUGCAAGAUCUCUGGAGGAAUUCAAUGAUGUGUACCUGGUGACCCAUCUCAUGGGGGCAGAUCUGAACAACAUUGUGAAAUGUCAGAAGCUUACGGAUGACCACGUUCAGUUCCUUAUCUACCAGAUUCUCCGUGGUCUCAAGUAUAUACAUUCAGCUGACAUAAUUCACAGGGACCUAAAACCUAGUAAUCUAGCUGUGAAUGAAGACUGUGAGCUGAAGAUCUUGGAUUUCGGACUGGCUCGACAUACAGAUGAUGAAAUGACAGGCUAUGUGGCCACUAGGUGGUACAGGGCUCCUGAGAUCAUGCUGAACUGGAUGCAUUACAACCAGACAGUUGAUAUUUGGUCAGUGGGAUGCAUAAUGGCCGAGCUGUUGACUGGAAGAACAUUGUUUCCUGGUACAGACCAUAUUGAUCAGUUGAAGCUCAUUUUAAGACUCGUUGGAACCCCAGGGGCAGAGCUUUUGAAGAAAAUCUCCUCAGAGUCUGCAAGAAACUACAUUCAGUCUUUGACCCAGAUGCCGAAGAUGAACUUUGCAAAUGUAUUUAUUGGUGCCAAUCCCUUGGCUGUCGACUUGCUGGAGAAGAUGCUCGUAUUGGACUCAGAUAAGAGAAUUACAGCAGCCCAAGCCCUUGCACACGCCUACUUUGCCCAGUACCACGAUCCUGAUGAUGAACCCGUAGCUGAUCCGUACGAUCAGUCGUUUGAAAGCAGGGACCUCCUUAUAGAUGAAUGGAAAAGCCUGACCUACGAUGAAGUCAUCAGCUUUGUGCCGCCACCCCUUGACCAAGAAGAGAUGGAGUCUUGAGUAUCUGGUUUCUGUUCUGUUGAUCCUACUUCACUGUGAGGGGAAGGCCUUUUCAUGGGAACUCUCCAAAUAUCAUUCAAGUGCCUCUUGUAGCAAAGAUUUCCUCCAUGGUGGAAGGGGUGUGUGUGUGUUGUGUGUGUGUGUGUGUGUAUGUCUGACUCUGUGGGAGGGUAAGAGAUUAUGAGCAAACUAUCACAGUGACUUUACGUGGAGUGACACACGCUCUGUGGCAGCCUCUGCUUGCCCUUGUUCAUGAGAGUCAGCGAGGCAGGCGAGAGCUGCCAUCUUGUAGGGUUUGUUAAAUGCAAAGUAAAAAAUAUUAAACAUCCCAGACCCCAGUCAUGCUUUUGCCGUUCUGGCCUCUCCUGUGGCCCCACCUUGAUGGUGGGGGUUAGACUUGACCACAUCCCACAGUGGCACAGAGAGAAGGCUCACACCUUCUGGCUGCUUCACACCUGGAGCUGUCCCUCAGCAACGCAUCAGCCGCAAAGGACCAACUGGCUCCUGUGCACUAGUCUAUGAUUAACUUGCUUAGUGUGAUUCUCAGAACCCAACAGUUGCACCUGAAACCAUAAAUAUGUCUGUGCCUUACAAGGAAAGAAGAGAGUGUAGUUACUUAAGAGAGUGCAGCAGAUGAAGUUCUGAGCCAGGCAAGUAGUCAGGUUGUUGGACGGCCACUUGUGAACCCAGAGUCGCCAGGGAGCCUUCAGAGGCACCAUGUGUGCAUGUGUGAGCAUGCGUAUAUGUGCUUCUCUCUCUUCCUCCCUCACCCCCCCCCCCCCCCCCCCCCCCAGGUGUCAUUGCCAUUUCUCUGCAUACCCACCUUCGGUGCAGAGGUUUCUUAAGCACUGGCCUCAGUAGUCAGAAGCUGGUUCUUGCUGUCAGUGUUCUUCCUGUGUGCUCUUUAUUCCUGGCAGAGUGAUGAUGUGUUUUGCACGUCUUGCUAUUUGAGCAUGCACGGUUGCUCAUCCUGUUCUCUUCAGGAGGCCCUGGUACCGGGCAGGUUUGCCAGUGGAGACCUUGUGGGUAGUUCAGAACCCAUGUCACCUGGACUGAUGCUGUGGGCUGGUGGCGUCAUCCUCUCUUCAGCCCCCAGCUGAAGCCCCCCUAUUUUGUGUUGAACACAAGUGAUACUUCAGGUGCUUUUGAUGUGAAAACCAUGAAGAGAUGGAACAGAUGGGUGUAUAGCAUUUCCAUUCUUGCCAUCUGGUUUUCAACAAACUAUUUUUGGGGAGCCGUCAACUAGGAAAGAUCAGGGCUUGUCCCAGGAAUAUCUCAGACUUUGGAGAACAAGUCAUUCUCUUCACUCCCAAUAACCAAUGCUAAGAAAUGCUGAAAAUCAAAGUGAAAAAUAAAAGCUCAUGAGGCCAGAAAUUCCUUUUGCUAUCUUUGUCUAAAUAUGGUUAUUUUUUAAAAAAGCAAUGAGGUGUCUUUUCCACCCUUCUUUGGAAAAGAGUUUUCUUGGCAGCUUAAUGCUGGCUUUUUGGUCUUGGUUUGGGGAGAAAUAAAUUUUGUUUCAGAAUUUUCUAUAUUGCAGGAAUCCAUUGAGAAUAUGAUUCCUUUUGAUGGGGAGAAAGGGCAAAUUAUUUUAAUAUUUUGUAUUCUCAACUUUAUAAAGAUGAAAUAUCCUCAGGGGUGGAGAAGAGUUGUUUUCAUAAUUUUCUGAAUUUCAGGCAUCUUGUGUGACAUAAGGGCCCAUGUACUUAAACCUUUUGUGAAAGAAAAAAGUGUAGAGCCACUUCCAGUGUUGGCCGUGUGACAGAUUCUUGUAUUUGGGCCAAGGUGUUUCCAUUUCUGUCACAGUGCAGUGAUACCUGCACUCCAGAGGGACAGGGUAGGACCCCCAAGUGAACUGGAGUGAAAAGGAAGGAGGCAGCUGAUGGUGAUCACACCUCACCCGGGGUUCGCCCCCUCUUUCAAGGAAGAUGAACGCGAAGGCCUCAUCUCCUUUAUACGCAGUUCAAAUCCUCAUGAUCCACAGCAAGGUGGAUUUUAUCAGCCAUGUUUUGUCGUAAAUGCUAGUGUGACUUCCUACAGAAAUACUGCUCUGGAUAUUUUUUUCGUAAAGGUCUUUGCACAUGAGGCUGUGUACGUGUUAAGAGGCUGAAUGCGCCAGGAGCCUGGACUCAGCUGGAGCCUGUGAAGAGCUCCUUGGUUUCUGAGCAUAAUGCUCCCAUCUGACUUCUCUGAACAGAAAACGAGGGAGAGAAUGAGGGAAAAUCUAUUUUAUUUGUAUUCAUGAACUUGACUGUAAUCAGUUAUGCCAUAUAGGAUGUCAUACAAUACCACUGGUUAAAAUAAAGCCUAUUUUUCAAAUUUAGUGAGUUUCUCAAAUUUAUUAUAUUUUUCUCUUGAUUGUUUUUAUUUAAUACACUAUAGCAUUAUAUCAAUGGUCUUUCAACUGUGGCCUGGCAUGUUUCUCACAGAUCUUAAUAUUACUCCUAAAAUUUAGAAAACAUGUAUAGAGCUCCUUGUACACUUUACGGUGAAGCAGAUCAGUCUUUGAUAUGGAUGGGAAAAGCAAAGAGCAAAUAAACAAGGUAUAACACUACAGGCUACACUCGGGUGUCAGAGUGGCCUAGGACAGGGGUCAGCAUACUGUGGCCCAGGGACCAAAUCCAGUCUACCACCUGUUUGUGUAGCCCACUAAAAGUGGUUUUUACCUUUUUAAAUGCUUGAAGUCAAAAGAAGAACAGUAUUUUUGUAGCAUGUGAAAAAUGUAAAAUUCAAAUUUCAGUGUCCAUAAAUAAAGUUGUAUCAGAACACA